CACAGUUCCACCCAAAAGAAAGGGCAAAAGCCAAGUUGCCACCCGAACCAGUACACGUCCGUUCCCCCGUUCCACGCCCCCUUCUUCCUCCCCUCCGCCGCCGCCGCCACCGCCGCAAAGAGAGAUACUGCUUGCUCGGAGCACGCGCGCGCGAGAAAGCGAGUGGGGCGGCUGUAGCGAACGAUGCCGAACAAGCGUCAGCGGGAGGCGCGAAAGCGCUUCCGCGAGGCGAACCCCGACCUCUGUCAACCAGCACCCGCCCCUCCCGCCGACGGCACCAAAAAGAAGAGCAAGAAAAGCAUGUUCAAGAAGGUGAAGAAGGCGGGCGGCGGCGGAAGCGGUGGCGCGGGGAGGUCGAAGCACCCGCUGCGGGUUCCCGGGAUGCGGCCCGGGGAAAGGUGCUUCAUCUGCAAGUCCACCGACCACGUAGCCAAGACCUGCCCCGAGAAGUCCCUCUGGGAUAAGAAUAAGAUCUGCUUGCUCUGCAGGGAGCGGGGCCAUAGUCUGAAGAACUGCCCUGAGAAAAGUGAUGGGGAUUUGAAGAAAUUUUGCUACAAUUGUGGUGGAUCUGGACAUUCCCUUUCCAAGUGCCCCAAACCCAUUGAAAAUGGUGGUACAAACUUUGCGAGCUGCUUUGUCUGCAAACAGCAGGGACAUUUGAGCAAGGAUUGUCCUGAAAAUAAACAUGGCAUUUAUCCGAAGGGUGGUUGCUGUAAGGUAUGUGGUGAAGUCACACACUUGGCCAGGCAUUGUCCAAACAAACGGCAACAGGACUUCAUGUACUCCAGAGAUGAUGAUACGAAUAUGGAGGGAGACCACCAGGAGGACCAUGCUCUGCGGGGUGGAGAUGAUCUUGAAGAUGAUUUCAUCGACGAAGAAGAGGCGAACUCGGCGUCGGGGAUGGCCGUGAGCGACGAGUGCAAGCACAAGUUCCAGGAGCUCAAGGCCAAGAGGAGCUUCCGGUUCAUCACGUUCAAGGUGAACGAGAACACGCAGCAGGUGGUGGUGGACAGGGUGGGCCAGCCGGGCGAGACCUACGCCGACUUCACCGCCUCUAUCCCCGCCGACGAGUGCCGCUACGCCGUCUUCGACUUCGACUUCGUCACCGACGAGAACUGCCAGAAGAGCAAGAUCUUCUUCAUCUCCUGGUCCCCGGACACAUCGAGGGUGAGGAGCAAGAUGCUGUACGCCAGCUCCAAGGACCGGUUCAAGAGGGAGCUCGACGGCAUCCAGGUGGAGCUGCAGGCGACCGAACCCAGCGAGAUGAGCAUGGACAUCGUCAAGGCCAGAGCCCUCUGAAUUAAAAUCGUUUCCGAUUAAGACCUCCAUCCACAUACGUACGUACAUGCCCCCGCACCCUGCAGGAACGAUAAAGCUUUUUUUUUCUGCGUCAGUUCCAGCCCGUAUGCCGUUUCAUCUCCCUCGGUGUCAGUUGCAGCGCAUGCCAGCCACCCCUGUAAACUAGACGGUCGCGUCUUUCCCGUUCCAAGAUUUUAGACGGCGUCUCGAUCUUUUCCUUGUUGUUGCUCGGGUACCGUAUGUAUAAUGUAUGUACGUAUAUGUAUUGAUGCGUCCGUGCCCGUUAAGUACUCC